CAGUAUUCUCGAUGUUCAAUUAAGCUACUUGAUAGUCGCUCCCGUAGAAUUCCCUUCUUUUUCAGCAGAGGCAAGCGAACCCACCACCAUAAACCGGGUCUCAGCUAUCUGAGUCGACUCAGCGGAACCCGCUCUGAAGGACAUUGGCAGAGAUGUCAUACUCAAGGGAAGGGAGAUCUGCUUCACCCCGCACCUCAAUUUCACCUGGUAAAGGUCGCCGAUCAAGGUCCUUGUCAAGGUCUCAUCGAAGUAGAUCCAGGAGUCGUGAUUCUGUAGAAGCAUCAAAUCCUGGAAACAACUUGUAUGUAACUGGGUUAUCCACUAGGGUUACCACCAGUGAUCUUGAGAAGUUCUUUAACAAAGAAGGGAAGGUGGUAGAGUGUCAUCUAGUAACAGAUCCUCGCACCAGAGAAUCCCGUGGAUUUGCUUUUGUUACCAUGGAAACAGUUGAUGAUGCUGACCGCUGUAUCAAGUAUUUGAACCGUUCUGUGCUUGAGGGACGAUUAAUCACUGUGGAAAAGUUGAACCUAUACCUUCACGAAUCACGACAUGAGUUCUGCAUCGACAUUUCAAACACAUCGAUUCAAAUUCGACUAUUUUGCAGAGGGUUGUAUGCCCUGCAAAAAGGAGUCGUGGCAGGACACCAACUCCAGGCAGGUAUCAAGGUCUGAGAGAUAGACGAGGUCGUGGCCAUAGACGGUCCCGUAGCUACUCACCUCGCCGAUUGGAUGACAGACACAAAGACCGAGACAGAGACUAUUAUUCAAGGGACCGGCGUGGAAGAUCACGCUCUCCAUAUAGUAGGCGGGGAGAUGAUUAUGAUUCAUACAGGAGGCACAGGGAUCGCUCAUUGUCAGCUGACCGUGGCUAUCGUAAAUAAACCCAGAAAGUAUCAUCUCCACCCUCUUGCUCAUCAAACUUUAUCUGGGUUCCUUGUGCAAGUAUGUUCUGUAUUUGUACCUUUAGAUACCUGACAUUUUAUGGAUAACUUAUGUUAGGAUUUAAUGUGAGAAUAUCUUCUGCUAUGCCAUUGGCAUGUUCUCUGUUGUGAUGAAUCAUUUUCUUUGCUCA